UGGCUGGCUGGGUGGUUGGCUGGCUGGCUGGCUGGCUGCUUCCUUUUGCUUUUGAGUUGCCACACCCUGCACUCCCUCUGCUUUUUGAAUUCCUUUUCAACAUUCUUUUAUACUUUCAACUUCUUUAAUCCAACACCCAGUGGCUCUAUGACCACCCUUGAUUAAAAAGACAUUCCCAUUCUCCUACCUAGCUAGCUACUACAUUUCUUCUUCUUUUCUCUCUCGCCCUCAAAACCAUUACAUUUUUUCCAUCUGCUUCUUUACAUCAUUCCGAUACUGAAAAACAUUUGAUGAUCGUAUAAACAAGCUUUUCAAUAUGGGAACCCCGGUAAACAUCAUAGUUGGAUCGCAUGUUUGGAUUGAGGAUCCUGAGGAAGCAUGGUUGGAUGGUGAAGUUACAGAAAUCAAGGGCCGAGAUGCCACCAUUACUACCUCGAAUGGAAAAAAUAUAGUUGCAGAUAUUUCAAGUAUAUAUCCAAGAGACACAGAGGCGCCACCAGCAGGAGUCGAUGACAUGACGAAAUUAGCAUACCUCCAUGAACCAGGAGUCUUGCAUAACCUUGCUUGCCGGUUUGCACUCAAUGAGAUAUAUACUUACACUGGGAACAUUCUAAUAGCGGUAAAUCCUUUCCGAAGACUACCACAUCUGUAUGACGUCCACAUGAUGGAGCAGUACAAGGGAGCUGCAUUUGGAGAGCUAAGUCCACACCUUUUCGCUGUGGCAGACACUUGUUACAGAGCAAUGAUAAAUGAACAGGGCAGCCAGUCCAUCUUGGUAAGUGGAGAGAGUGGAGCUGGUAAAACAGAGACAACAAAGAUGCUUAUGAGAUACCUUGCCUUCAUGGGGGGGAGAUCUGCAGGUAGUGAAGGAAGAACAGUAGAACAACAAGUUUUGGAGUCCAAUCCAGUAUUGGAAGCAUUUGGGAAUGCAAAAACUGUCAAAAACAACAAUUCGAGUCGAUUUGGCAAGUUUGUUGAGAUACAAUUUGACAAGCAUGGGAAAAUAUCUGGAGCUGCAGUUCGUACUUAUCUUCUCGAAAGAUCACGUGUUUGCCAAGUCUCUGACCCAGAGAGAAAUUACCAUUGUUUUUACAUGCUCUGUGCGGCACCACCAGAGGAUGUCAAGAAAUACAAGUUAGGGGACCCGAGAACUUUCCACUAUUUAAAUCAAACAAACUGUUACGAAGUUGCAAAUGUAGAUGAUGCAAGGGAGUAUUUGGAGACCAGAAAUGCAAUGGAUAUUGUUGGCAUCAGCCAGGAUGAACAGGAUGCUAUAUUCAGCAUAGUAGCUGCAAUCCUCCAUAUAGGAAACAUUGACUUUGUGAAAGGGAAGGAAGUGGAUUCCUCUAAACUUAAGGAUGAUAAAUCACUCUACCAUCUUCGAACAGCAGCAGAGCUACUGAUGUGUGAUGAGAAGGCACUGGAAGACUCACUUUGUAAGCGGGUUAUAGUGACUCCAGAUGGUAACAUUACAAAACCUCUGGACCCAGAUUUAGCUGUCCUAAGUCGUGAUGCCUUGGCCAAGACCGUAUACUCAAAGCUGUUUGACUGGAUUGUAGACAAGAUCAAUAGUUCAAUCGGUCAAGAUCCUAACGCAGCAAGCUUAAUUGGAGUCCUUGAUAUUUAUGGCUUUGAAAGCUUCAAGAUCAACAGUUUUGAGCAGCUCUGUAUCAACUUAACAAAUGAGAAGUUACAGCAGCAUUUUAACCAGCAUGUAUUCAAGAUGGAGCAAGAAGAGUAUACGCGGGAGGAGAUAAACUGGAGCUAUGUAGAAUUCGUAGACAACCAGGAUGUUUUGGAUCUUAUUGAGAAGAAACCAGGAGGUAUUAUAGCCCUUCUUGAUGAAGCCUGCAUGUUUCCCAAGUCAACCCAUGAGACAUUUGCACAAAAGAUGUACCAGACAUAUAAAGCUCACAAACGCUUCAGCAAGCCAAAACUUGCUCGAACAGCCUUCACAAUCAAUCAUUAUGCGGGAGAUGUUACAUACCAAGCAGAUCAUUUUCUUGACAAAAAUAAAGACUAUGUUGUAGCAGAACAUCAAGCUCUAUUAGAUGCUUCCAAGUGUCCUUUUGUUGCUAACCUUUUCCCUCCACUACCUGAAGAAACAUCUAAGCAAUCCAAGUUCCCUUCAAUUGGUACCCGCUUCAAGCAACAAUUACAAGCUUUGAUGGAGACAUUGAACACAACAGAACCACAUUACAUCAGAUGUGUAAAGCCGAAUACAGUACUAAAGCCUGGAAUCUUUGAGAACUUCAAUGUCUUAAACCAACUAAGAUGUGGGGGAGUGCUAGAGGCGAUUAGGAUAAGUUGUGCUGGUUAUCCAACCAAAAGAACAUUUGAUGAGUUCCUUGAUCGUUUUGGAAUGCUAGCUCCUGAUGUUCUAGAUGGAUCUGAUGAAAAAUCAGCGUGCGUUUCCAUCUUGGACCGGAUGGGUUUGAAGGGCUAUCAGAUUGGGAAAACAAAGGUGUUCCUCAGAGCUGGGCAGAUGGCUGAGUUAGAUGCAAGAAGAGCUGAAAUUUUGGCUAAUGCUGUCAGGCGAAUCCAGAGACAAAUCCGAACAUAUCUGGCCAGAAAAGAGUUCAUCACCCUAAGAAGAGCUACAAUUCAUUUGCAGAAACUCUGGAGAGCACAACUUGCCCGUAAGAUAUAUGAACAUAUGAGGAAGGAAGCAGCUUCUAUCCGUAUACAAAAGAAUGUCUGUGCUCAUAGAGCAAGAACAUUUUACACUAACUUGCAAGCAUCAGCAAAAGUUAUCCAAACUGGAAUGCGAGCAAUGGCAGCACGUAAUGAAUACAGAUACAGAAGAAGAACCAAGGCUGCAACUGUAAUUCAGACGCGAUGGAGAAGAUACCAUUCUCUUUCUGCAUAUAAGCAGCAUAAGAUCGCAACUCUAGCAUUGCAAUGUCUUUGGAGAGCAAGGACAGCUAGGAAGGAGCUUAGAAAGCUCAAAAUGGCUGCAAGAGAAACUGGGGCACUAAAGGAAGCUAAGGAUAAGCUAGAGAAGCGAGUUGAAGAGCUAACAUGGCGACUAGAAUUUGAAAAGCACUUGAGGCUUGAUCUUGAAGAAGCUAAAGGGCAAGAAAUUGCAAAACUGCAAAGUUCAUUACAUGAGAUGCAAGGUCAACUAGAUGAAGCCCAUGCCGCAAUAAUCCAUGAAAAAGAAGCGGCAAAGUUAGCUAUAGAACAAGCUCCACCGGUUAUCAAAGAGGUGCCAGUUGUGGAUAACACCAAGCUGGAGUUACUGAAGAACCAGAAUGAUGAAUUGGAGAAUGAGCUAAGUGAGCUGAAGAAGAAGAUGGAGGAAUUCGAGAAUAAGUGUUCUGAACUUGAGAAAGAGAGCAAAGCAAGAACUAUAGAGGCCGAAGAAUCACACCUGAAAACAAUGAAACUUCAAGACACCAUUGAAAGAUUGGAAUUAAAUUUGUCCAACCUCGAAUCAGAGAAUCAAGUUCUACGACAGCAGGCUUUGGAUGCAUCAACAAAUGAGGAUCACUCUGAAGAAUUAAAAAUACUCAAGAGUAAGAUUGCAGAGCUGGAGUCAGAGAAUGAAUUGCUCCGCAAACAACCAGCAAUUGUGGAACAGGUAGCGACUCCUGAAAGGAUUCUGCCUCAAGUCAAGAGUUUUGAGAAUGGACAUCAAACAGAAGAAGAGCCUCAAAUGACAAAGGAAUCCGGGCCUCCCAUCUCCCUCUUAACUACACAAAGACCCCUAACAGACAGGCAGCAGGAAAACCAUGAUGUACUUAUCAAGUGUCUUACAGAAGAUAAGCGGUUUGAUGAGACCAGACCUGUUGCCGCCUGUGUUGUGUAUAAAUCACUUCUUCAGUGGAGAUCCUUCGAAGCAGAGAAGACAACUAUAUUUGAUAGGAUUAUUCACACAAUUCGAUCAUCAAUAGAGAGUCAAGACAACAUCACUGAUCUAGCAUAUUGGCUAUCGACAACUUCUACCCUUUUGUAUCUGCUUCAAAAUACUCUUAAAGCAAGCAAUACAACCAAAAUAUCUUCACAACGUAACCGAACAUCUCCUGCUACCUUAUUUGGUAGAAUGGCACUGGGAUUCCGUUCAUCUUCAGUUGGCAUGGGAAUGUCAAGUGGGUACAGUGGAAUGGUGGGAAAUGGAAAUGAUCAAUCAAAAGUGGAAGCUAAGUACCCAGCACUGCUGUUUAAGCAACAUCUGACUGCAUACGUUGAGAAAAUAUAUGGGCUGAUCAGAGACAGUGUUAAGAAAGAGAUUGGUCCAUUUUUGAAUUUGUGCAUCCAAGCUCCAAGAUCCAUAAGAGCUAGAUCAAUAAGAGGGUCAUCCAAAAAUAUCCAUUUGAGUAUUGUUGCUAAACAGCAAUCGUCAAAUAUACAUUGGCAAAGCAUUGUCAAUAAGCUAGAUCAGACCUUGGGUAUAAUGACAGAGAACCAUGUCCCUCCUGUAUUCAUAAGGAAAAUCUUUAGUCAGGUUUUCUCAUUCAUAAAUGUACAGCUUUUUAAUAGCUUAUUGCUUCGUCGUGAGUGCUGCUCAUUUAGCAAUGGAGAGUAUGUAAAGGCUGGUUUGCAGGAAUUGGAACAGUGGUGUCUCAAAGCAUCAGAUCAGUUCGCAGGAUCGUCAUGGGAUGAACUCCGGCACAUAAGACAAGCUGUUGGGUUUCUGGUUUCGCAUCAAAAGGCUCAAAAAUCUUCGGAUGAGAUCACAAAUGAACUCUGCCCAAUGUUGAGCAUUCCACAAAUAUAUCGCAUUGGAACUAUGUUCUUGGAUGACAAAUAUGGAACUCAGGGAUUAUCUUCAGAUGUGAUUGGCAGAAUGAGAACCCUAAUGGCAGAAGAUUCAAUAAGCAUGCCUAAUAAUACAUUCUUACUUGAUGUUGAUUCAAGCAUACCUUUUUCAAUGGAAGAGAUAUUCGGAUCCUUGAGUGCAAUCCACUUAUCCAACAUGGAUCCUCCACCGCUACUCCGACAAAGAUCUGAUUUCCAUUUUUUAUUGCAGGAAACACAGACAGAAACAGCCUAAGCGUGCCUUUGAGUUCAUUUUUUUCAUUUAUUAAUUUAUUUGUUUAUAUACAGUUUGUUUUGCUUUAAAGGGGUGAGUGAGGUGACUGAGUGAUUUCUUCUGCAGAAUGUCGUUAUUCUUUUGUUUGUUUACCACAUUCUCAUCAAUUUUUGACAAGUUAGUGUACAUGGUUUUUUGUAAUCACAAUUGUUCCUGGACAAGGAAGAAUUCUUGGCAUCAAAGAAAAAGAAGAUUGUGAUUGUUUA